AAAAAUAAUAAUAAUAGUAAUAAUAGUAAUAAUAGUAAUAAAAUGACAGUAGUUUCAACAGGUAUAAUAUUAAAUAAUAACUCAUCAUUAAUAAAUACACCAAAAAAACAUCAACCGACAAGAGCAAGACAAUUAUUUUCAUUUUCAGAAUUGGCUGGAUCAGAUUUAACAUUAUUAUUGGAGAGUGAUAUUUUAUUAAGAAUUUUUUCAAAUUUAGAGUAUCAAGAGCUAUUUGUAGUGAAAAGAGUAUGUUCAAGAUGGAAACCACUUUGUGAAAGUAAAUCAUUAUAUCAAGAUUUACACAUGCAGUCAUUUAUUGUAAAUAGUAGAAUUUUACCCAUUUCAAUAGUUAAAAAUUUUUUGCAAUCUUUACUUAUGGAUCAAGAUGAAUUAGAUGCAUUAAAAGCGGUUUGCAGAGAAAUGCCAAGAAUAACAUUUUCAAAUCAACAGGAUAAUUAUGAUAGCGUUAGCAGUAUAGAUUUAAAUAGUUUAGAUAUAAAUAGUAAUAUAGUAACAGCAACAGCAGCAACAACAACUACAACCGGUACCAAUAAUAAUACAGCAACUACGACAACAACUACCUCAACGACAUCUACAACUUUUUUGCAACCCACAACAUCAAAUGGCGCCAGUGGCAGUACUACACCCCCAAUUGCAAUUAGAAAUUCGAUAGCUACAGCAUUUGCAGCAACAACAUCAUCUUUUAAAUCAUUUAUAAAUAAUAGUGCAAACAGUUUAAAUACCAGUGGCAGCUCAUUAAGUUUACCACCAUCACCAAAUCUAAGUCAUCAACAAAUACCAAUCUCUAUAAAUAAUGGCCACAACAGAGUAUCAUCUUUAGACGAUACAUUUUCAGUAUCACCAACAUCAAGCAACGGUUCAUCGAUCGAUGGUUCAUUAACACCAACAUCACAUAGAAGAGGACAAUCAGGAACACCCUUGAAUGAAAAAGAACAAAAGAAAAAAGAUAAAUCUAGAAAGGAAAGAGAGAAGCGUAUGGAGGAAUCAUUAAAAAGCUGGAAUGAGGAUAUGAUACCCAAUUGGGAAAAAAGAAAAGGCACUAAAAAGUUAAGAGAUUUGGUACUUCAAGGCAUUCCAUCAUUAGUAAGAAGUAAAGUUUGGCCACUAUUGAUUGGCAACGAUUUAAACAUCACACCAGAGCUAUUCAGUAUAUUUGGUUUGCGUGCAGAGAGAGCAAAACAAAAGUCAGAAGCAAACUCACUUGGUAGAGAAGGUUCAGUCAGUUUAAUACACUUGGAUUUACCACGUACAUUUCCAAUGUUAUCCAUUUUUCAAGAUGAAGGCCCACUUCACCAAUCAUUGGCAAAUGUACUAGAGGCAUACGUUUGCUAUAGACCCGAUGUUGGAUAUGUUCAAGGCAUGUCUUAUUUAGCAGCUGUAUUUUUAUUAAUUUUAGACGAAUUCACUUCAUUUGUUUGCCUCAGUAACUUUUUAAACAACCCUUGUUACAUGGCAUUCUACACAAUGAACCUUUCUCAAAUGGAAUUAUAUAUGAAAGCGAUGGAUCAACUAAUGGCUCUUCAUGUUCCAAAAAUUCAAAAGCAUCUUAAAGAAUUAGGUAUUCAGCCAGAUAUCUUUAUGAUCGAUUGGGUAUUAACUGUAUUUUCAAAAGCUUUACCAUUGGAUAUUGCAUCUCACGUUUGGGAUACCAUAUUUUUAGAUGGAGAAUCUGUAAUUUUUCAAACAGCUUUGGGAAUUUUAAAAAUGUAUAGUAAAGAAUUAGAAAAUAGCGACUUUGAUGUUUGCAUGACCUUGCUAACUCAUUUACCACCAAAUAUUGACGAAGAUGAAUUAUUCCAACAUAUAAAUUCUUUUACAAUUAAUCAAAAAAUUUUUAAUAAAUUAGUAACAAAUAAAAAAUAAUAAAUAAUAAAUAAUUAAUGAAUAAUUAAUAAAUAAUUAAUUAACAAUGAAUAAAUUAUAAAUAACUAAAUAAUAAAAAAUAGUAAAAUAAUAUUAACUAAUAACAAUAGUAAAGUUAAUAUUUAAAAAAUAAAGCCAAAUUAAUAUAAUUAUAUAUUAAUACAAAAUUUAUAAAUAAUUUU